CGGCAUAGCGGCUGCUCCCGCCGGGCCCAGUGCUUCCUGCACCGCCCUCAGCCCCGCUCAGACCGGCCAUGGCGCGGCCCGAGGCUGGUUAUGAGGCGGCGGUGCCGCCCCGCCCCGCCUGCACCUACACCAGCUGCUACUGCGAAGAAAAUGUUUGGAAGCUUUGUGACUACAUCAGGAGUCAGGAUCGGUACCCUUUAGAAGAAUUUUAUGCUGUUUUCAUAUCCAAUGAUAAGAGGAUGAUUCCACUCUGGAAGCAGAAAUCUGGACAUGGAGAUGAGCCUGUUGUCUGGGACUAUCAUGUUAUUCUACUUCAUCUUUCCAGUGGGGAGCAGAACUUCAUUUAUGAUCUUGACACAGUGUUGCCGUUUCCCUGUCCUUUUGAUGUGUACAGUGUGGAGGCCUUCAGGUUGGAUGACAGCCUUCGUCCAGAGUUUCACAGGAAAAUCAGAAUGAUUCGAGCAGAUUUGUACUUGAAGACAUUUGCUUCAGACAGAUCUCACAUGAAGGAUGCAAAUGGGAAAUGGCAGAAACCUCCUCCUCCAUACCCUUGCAUUGAAACUGCAGGCUCCUCCAAGAAGACUCUGGCUCCAUUGCCCUACCUCUGAUCAGGUAGAUACAGGGAGUCUCCCUUUCAUCUUCUCUUUUUAAGACUGUAGAUACUCAGUUCUCUGAGCCUCUCUUUGAAUAAAUGUUGUCCUGGACCAAACAACUUGAUUUUCUUCUUCUGGUCCUACUCCAGUAUGUCCAUGUUUUGGGGGUUUUUUUUGUGCCAAGCUCCAAAUGGACAAAGUAGUGCAGCACUGUGCUGAUGUGCUCUGGUCUCUUGGUCAGUUGGCUGAAAGAAACUUGUUACCCCGCACCCACUGAAGGUGAAAAGUCAUUCACUAGGGAGCUUCAAGGUCUGAGUCAGAACAGGACUAGAUUGUCUCAGAUCUAGGACGUCCAGUUCAAAUUUUGGUUCAUUUAGUAUCGGUUCCUCCACCUUUACUCUUUGUCUUCCCUUUGUAUUCACUGAGAUACUUUGUAAUGAUGUGUGCUUCAAUGUGCACAGUGCUGUGAGUCUGUGAGGACUCUGGGUCCAACUGUGAUGUCUCAGCACAGUUUUAUCAGGCAUAAAGGCUGCCUUAUUUUUAACUUGAUGUAAAACUGGGUGGCAGACCUUUUGUUAUCAUAAAAGAGCCUGGGGUAUUAAUGUUUGUGUCCAUGCCAAAUUCCAUUGCAGAUAACUGUUUUCUCCCUGCCGUUUCACUUUGAUAGAACAUUCUGGUUUCCAUGUUGGUUUGUGUUUGCAGAAGAUUAAAUUACUUAUAUAUUUCAUAUUAGAGGUGACUGCAAUAUAAUGGCUGACACAAGUGACCCUAUAUUGUUUUAAUACCAAUUUAUUUGUGAGGCACAUUUCUAUCAGAGUAGGUUUGUUUUGUUUUUUGGAUUUUUUUUUCUUUUCAUUUAGAGUAGCCAAAUUCCUAAGCUUUUAAGAAGAUGCAAGGUUUUAUAUUCUUUGUUUUCUAUAUGUCUUCUUUGAUGUUUGACCCUGCCUGGGUGCCAGGUGCCCACCAAAGUUGCUCAGUCACUCUCACCCACAGCUGUACAGAGGAGAGAAAAUGCAAUGAGAACUCGUGAGUUGAGAUAAGGAUGGGGAGAGAUUACUCACCAAUUGCUGUCAUGGGCAAAACUGACUUGAUAUAGGGAAAUUAGUUGAAUUUAUUACCAAUCAAAAUCAGAGCAGGAUAAUGAGAAGCAAAACAAAUCCUAAAACCACUUUUCCUCCACCCCUUCCUCUUUACCUGUUUUGCCUUUAAUCCAAAUUCUCUACCUCCUCCUUCCCUCCUCAGUGGGGAAUGGGAAUCACAGUCAUCACAGGUUGUUUCUGCCACUGCUGCUCAGAGACAGGAGUCCUUUCUUUGCUCCAGUGUGGGGCUCCUCUCGUGCAGUUCUUCAUGAACUUCUCCAAUGUGAGUCCAUCCCAUGGACUGCAGAUCUUCAUUAAGUGCUCCAGUGUGGCUCCCUUUCCACAGGGUGCAGUUCUUCAGGAGCAGGCUGUUCCUGCAUGGAUCCCCCACGGGGUCAAAGUCCCACCACCAACCCUGCUCCAGCCUGGGCUCCUCUCUCCAUAGGUCUGCAGGUCCCUGCCAGCAGCCUGCUCCAGUAUGGGCUUCCCAUAGGGGUCACAGCCUCCUUUCAGGCAUCCACCUGCUCCAGCCUGAGGCUCCUCCAUGGGCUGCAGGGGCACAGCUGCCUCACCGUGGGCUGUAGGGGAAUACCUGCUCUGGUGCCUGGAGCACCUCCUGCCCCUUAUUCUUCACUGACCUUGGUGUCUGCAGAGUUGUUUCUCCCACAUAUUCUCACUCCUCUUUGGCCACGAUUACUUCUGUGCAAUAGCUUUUUAAAAAUUUCUUAAAGGAAGAGGUACUACAACAAUCACCGAUGGGUUCAGCGUUUGCUGGGUCCAUCCUGGAGCUGUCUGGCUUUGGCUCUGUUAGUCAUGGGGGAGACCACUAGAGGAGCCAGCCCUACAAUCCUCCCCUGCUACAAAACCUCUUGGAAUUGAAUUGAGCAAUCUUGAUCAUUAACAAAUUAAGCGUUUUUCUCCUACUAGUAACUCAAAGGGAAUAAAUCUUAAACUGUAUUUGACCUGCUCAUGGAGUUGCAAAAUAAAUAAUCAAAAAUAAGCUUACAUGGAGUCAUAAAUUCCAGUCUAUGCCUAAAAAAUUAAAGUUGGCAUAAGGUGAUUUUUAAAAGCAUUUUUCUAAAACACAAGCAACCCCAGUCCACCCAAUAAAACAAUAAUAAUAAAACCCAAACCCUCUCAGACUCCUCAGUAUCUCCUCAGAACUCACAUGCUAAACAUUUGCCUCUUGGAUCUGGCUCUGCUCUAGCUGUUUCCCAGAGUUAGGCCUCUGUGUCUUUUACUGGUGUUGCUCUGGCCUCUGUUCUUCUCUGCUGCCAUGGAUUGCAGGAGAGGCUGGCCAAGCUAACUGGCUGCACAGAGCUUUCUCACCCUGUCCUGUCCUCAAAGCUGCUCUGCUGGAAUAAACAUACCUGAGCUGCAGCACAUUCCCCUGGUCCCACCUGUUUGCCAGUGACCUCCUGUUGAAAGAAAACAGGGUAUUUUGUUCAAAUAAUAAAAAAUGAGAUUUGGUGAACAGAUUCAUUAUUCUAGAGCUGGUGAGCCUAACCUUGUUUUCUUUUAAAUCUUCUUUCCACAAAUUAAUGAGGUCUGAUUCUGUUUAGUUUAUGACUUAGGAUGAGAUCAGCCCUUGUUACUGCAAGCUUGUGGAAAAAUGCAGCUUGCACAGUGCAUUUCAAAAUUACUCCAAAUAGAUGGUUGUGUGGCUUAUGUGCAAGUGUUAGCAGCAGCUCUAACACUGAAAAGCACUGGUUUGAAUUUCAGUUCUCCCAAGGUGUUCAGUAACAUACUUGCUGGAUUGAUUUACUUUUUGUUCUUUUUUUUUAUUAAUAAAAUCCCUGGUAGUCAGUAAUGAUGGGGUUUUACUUGUUUUUGGUUUAGGUGGUUGUUUUUUUUUGGUUUUUUUUUUAGUUUGAAGAUAGUGAAGGUAAAAAGGAACUGAUAGGGAUACAUGUAGCUCCUAUGCACUUCGUGGGAACCUUCUGCUGCUCUCAUUUGAGAAUAAAACUCCAGUCUGUAAAGUUAGGUCCUUACUUCAUAAGCUUUUGUGAAAGUAAUGAAUCAAGUCAGAUAGGUACAAUAAAGACACAACUAAGGAGCAUUUAAAUUGCCAGAGUGGCUUGUUGAAGUUACACCACUUUCUGUAAAAUAUAAUUUAAAGUGGUGAGCUGUGUUUUACAUUGAGAUCAGCCAGGAUGGUUUGCACAGUCAGUUAUAUCUUAGGGGUGGAGACAGCAGCCCCCCAGCUGAGAGUGGGCAGAGUCCUUCUGACUUAUCUCCCUGCUCAGACAAGGGAGGAGGAUCUGAAGAGAACUGUAAACACCUACACAAGUCUGUGAAAAGUCCAACUUUCUUUUAGUUUCCCCCAAGGUUUUAGGCAUUAGCAGAACUGAUCUUGGAGGCUUUGUUCCAGACUUCCCUGCAUCCAGCAGCCCUUGGGCUGUUGUUACACUGAGUUAGUCUACAGUCUGUGAGCCAAGCUGAGGCUUGGCUUAAAUGCUGCUUUCUAACUACUGUUGGCAGAAGCCACAAGUAUCAUGGCUAACAAUGCCUGAGAUAGUGAGUGGCCUUUUAUUUCAUCCCUGCUUGGGGUAAAAGUGACAGACUUGAUUUAAACAAAAAUAAAGUAAUGCAGGAGUCCCAGAACGGGCCAGAUAGGUCUCAUUUGGGGGCGGCAGGGUGUGUAACAAAGUUUGGUCAAAGAGGAUGAUGAGCUCUAGGCAUUGCACAAAUGCAAGCUAGUAUAACAGUCACAGCACCUGAGGGGGACUGUAAGGGUAAUGUAAAUCUUAAAAUAAAAUAAUUCUGCUGCUAUUGGUCUUGUAAAAAUGGAGGAUAUGUGCUCUGUGCUUUUGUGGAGAGAUCAUCUCUGUCGUGGUUUGCCAGCUGUAGCACCCAGGUGUAUCUUUUUAAAAUUCUGAUGUUUGUCACUCUUAUCUGCUUCGGGAAGAGGACUUUGUGGUAUUCUCAUGCAUUUUUGCCGAGAUGUUUCCUAACGCUGUAAGGUCUAACACGACAUGCACGGCCGUCAGAUAGAGCCCACGAGGAAAGAGCGGCCCAGAGGGGCUGUUAUUACACGAAUAAAACGGGAGAGGUCUCACUAAGUUUUUCCCUACGGAUACCUCCCGUGCUGCUCCAGUGCCAUCUACCGACAGGUUCUUAGGCUGUCGCUCUUCACAGGAAUUGACUUGUUUGCUUUGGUAAAACAAUCUGCCACAAUCCUUCCGAAGUUGGAGAAGAUUUCAUUUCCUGCAGACAUUGUGGUAGCGACUUCCAAGUUUCGAACAGCAGCUGUGUUUGUAACUACUGGAACAAUCUCCUUUGGACUGCUUUCUCAUUCACAGAACAGUUUUAUGAAUUAUUUUAGUAUGCUCAAUGCACAUAAAGCAGAGAAUUAUUUAUUUAUUUAAUCUUAACUUAUAUGAAGAAUCGCAUUAAUUUUGAAAAAGCAUCUGGGAGGAAAAGAGCAGUUUGAAACUGGAAAACAGACUUGACAGUCCACCAGCAAGCAAGAGCUGUUACCCACUACUAAUUUGUUCUUGAGCUAUGACAGUGAAUUGCUGAGCUUGUGCUGUUUUAAAUUC